GCUCCCUUGCUUCAGUCGCUGUGCGGGAGUGGCCACCGAGGGAUGUGCGCAACAGUGCCGUGAGAAAAACCAAAGACCGAGCGAACGAACGAUAGACAGAGAUAGCUAAAAUCAGUCGAGUCGAGCCGGCGUUAUACACAUAUACAUUAUAUACAGUCGUGAGUGUGCGUGUGUGCGUGUACUCUUGUGCGGGACGAGGAAGAGAAAAAAGUUGGAUUCGUGACGUUGAAAAUUUCUUCGUUCUGCGGUAUACCUGAUCAUCGGUUGGAAUUGGUACAUUUGUACGGCAGCUGCACACACGAGAGACCUCGGGGAAAAAAAAAAUAUAUAUAUAUUUACAACAAAUCCGCACGAUCAGAAACUAAGUAUACGGAAAAGGAGACGUAUACGGCGCGAGAGUACACGGUACAUUUAUCACUGUGUAUGAGUGUACGUCUACGACUGACUCUCUCUCUUUGCUGCCGCAGCCGCCGUUCGUUCGAGGGCUCGUAACGACAGCGACGUCGUCUAGCAGUGCGAUUACAAUAACUACGCUAGUGCAGGUGUACAGAUAACAGGAUAGUAGUGCCACAAGUACUGCUAUACCAACGGAAGAGAAACGGAAAGAGAGCAGACCAGCUCCCCCACGCACGCAAUCACGCAUAUUCUUCCGAGGGGGAUAGCACGCACAUAAAAAAAAUAUAAAAAAAACAUAAACCCAACACACAAUGUCCGUCGUCGACAAAGAGGAAUUGGUGCAGCGCGCGAAGCUCGCCGAGCAGGCCGAGAGGUACGACGACAUGGCCGGGGCGAUGAAGUCCGUGACCGAGACGGGGGUCGAGUUGUCGAACGAGGAGAGGAACCUGCUGUCCGUCGCCUACAAGAACGUGGUCGGGGCGAGGCGCAGCUCGUGGCGGGUCAUCUCGUCGAUCGAGCAAAAGACCGAGGGCUCCGAGCGCAAACAGCAGAUGGCCAAGGAGUACCGGGAAAAAGUCGAGAAGGAACUCCGCGAGAUAUGCUACGACGUACUGCAACUUCUCGACAAGUUCCUGAUCUCCAAGGCUAGUAACCCUGAAAGCAAAGUUUUCUACCUCAAGAUGAAGGGCGAUUACUUCAGGUAUCUCGCGGAAGUGGCCACCGGCGAAACUAGAAAUGCCGUCGUAGAGGACAGCCAGAAAGCAUACCAGGACGCGUUCGAGAUCAGUAAGUCCAAGAUGCAGCCAACCCACCCGAUCAGGCUAGGCCUCGCGCUUAACUUCUCCGUCUUCUACUACGAGAUCCUCAACUCGCCGGACAAGGCCUGUCAGUUGGCUAAACAGGCGUUCGACGACGCGAUCGCCGAGCUCGACACAUUAAACGAGGACAGUUACAAGGACUCGACGUUGAUCAUGCAGCUGCUGCGCGACAACCUCACUCUCUGGACCAGCGACACGCAGGGCGACGGAGACGAGCCACAAGAAGGCGGCGACAACUAACCCUCAUAAGGCGCGCGCGAGUCCUAAGAAUUAAAGAAGAAAAAAAAAAUCCUUCUCACCUCUCCUCCCAGUCCAACUAUCCCAUCCAUCGUUCCCCUAUUCCCCCUUCCUCCUACUCCUUCGACAAGAGAGAAAAAAAAAAAAAAAACACGUCAUCCCUCCUUUUUAAUCUUAAUAAUAAAAAGAAAAAUGAAACGAGGAAGCAACAGCAAGCAGAGCAAAGAAAGAGCGUCCUAUUCUCUACCAUUUUUCCAACCCUACUACAACCCUCUUCAUUUCCUAAACCAUCUCAACACUCUUUUCUUUACCCUCGCCGCUACCUCCAGCAAUACACACACCACACCACUACUACCGCCUUCUCGUUCCUUCCUUCGUAUUUUGCGCACCUCCCCUUUAUUUGUCAGAUAACAAGAGUCAUCAACACGAAACACACAAAAAACUAUUAUUACUAUUAUUAUAUAUGAUACAUGGACUAAAAAUUAUGUUUUCUUUUUUCGAUUGCUGAAAUACAUACACAUACAAAAAAAAAAAAAAAAUUUACACUAAAAAAUUACCCCAGUGCACUCUUUCUCUCGGGCUCGCAGUGACCGGUACGCCGAUGCGCUUUUGCAGGGCUGUGGCGUUCCGUCCUUGUUAGCCUCGAGGCUGUAUUUAUACGCUCCCCCUUACUGCGUGUUGUAUUAUCUCCACCCAUUGUACACAUAUGCAAGUAUGAGAAAAUGAAAAAUGGAUCAUCAGUGAUGAUAAACAUCAAAACUCAUAAACACGUAACAUAAAUGGUACGAUAUAUUGAGAUAAUUAAGGAAUACAAAAUUUGUUGUAAUCGUGCGAUGUAUUAUUUAACAGCGUUGUCUCUUUGUAGAGACUGGAUAUUAAAAAAAAAAAAUACAAAAAAAAAUUGGAAAAAUAUAUAAACGUGAAAUCACGGACUCGUGGAAGCCUGUAUAUUCAGCCUUUGCACUAAAUCUCUCUUCCCCUUUUCCCAUCUACUGAUCGUUCAACCUGUAUGAAUAAGUAAACUAUGAGACCAACAAACAAAAUCACAAAACAUCCAUUCAUCUUUUUUAUCCAUUUUUUUUUUUUUUUUUUUUUCUUCAUCUUCAAACGUUAUCAUUGUCUACUUGCCAUUUUAAACAUUACAAAAUAUUUCCCCAAUUCCACUUUUAAAUUUAUUUUGAGUUGUUGACGAAAUUUUGUGUUUCUCUUCUCUCGUUUUCCCUCUUCCUCUCCCUAUCUUUCUCUCAUUGUAGAAAGAGUGGAAGAGCAAUGGGUUUUUCGUGUCUCACUUUUCUUGAAAUAAUGGAAAAAAAUUAACAAACAGUGGGAGAAGGCGAGAAAAAGGAAAUGAUUGAUGCGUAUGAACAAACAGAUGUAAACGUUGUGUUUGCGAGGAACACGAAGACUGGGAAGAAGAAAAGGUAGAGAGUCAGGAGGAUCUUUUUUUGGAUAGAAAGAACUUAGCUUGAGUUGCUAGAGAAACAAGCAAACAAACAAAUCAAUACUUUACUACUAUAGAAUUAUUAAUUAACGCCCAGCUGUCAUCGUUUUUUCAUUAAAUUAAACAGAUUCGCAAAUUGUUCUUGCAUGUAUUUAUUAUUAUUAUUACUAUUAUUAUUAAUUAAAAAGAAAACAUGAGAGAGGAAUAAAAAAGAUAUUAUAAGCAAAGAAGAUGGAAGGAAGAAGCGCAUGAGAAGGAGAAGCGACGAGAUUAUUGGUUAUUUAAAAGAUUGAGACCUGCUGCAAAAAUUGUAUCACGUGGAUAAAUUAUUGUCACUUGAUUAAUAUAAUUUAUAAAUAUUGUAAUUUGCCGCUUGAUCUCGCAUUCGAAGAGCAAAACUCCAAACCUAUUUAAAACUAAACGUUUUUUUAUUACUUUUGUGUGUUAGUUGUCCGUCGUUAUUAUAAAAAUAAUUUAUUACACUAUUUUUCAUUGAUUGAUAUUUUCUCCUUUUCUUUUAUUAUUAAUGAAUGCAAAAGUUUAUUAACAUUGUCGCGAAAGCCUUGCAAAGACCAAACCAAAAUCCAAGAUUUGUAUACCUCCAUUGCUUUAUAAUGAAAGAGAGAGAGAGAGAGAGAGAGAGUCAUGUAAUCGUGCAUUAAAAUAAAAAAUCACAUUCGUUCAACGCAAGACAACAAAACAAAUCAUGUGCAAAAAGUAUGCAUAGAUGUUGUUAUAUAGAUAAAUACGAGAAGAUUAUGUGAAAAUUUUUACAUGUGCAUUACAGAAGCACACUUUGUAAGUCUACGAUAAUGGAAAAGACAACUAAUUAUCUCAAGCCUCCUUUCCAUUGUUCAGGCAGUGAAAUACACAACACUGAAAUACAAAACAAUCUCUUGAAAUGUAAUUUUUACUUUUUGUCGUUAAUUAUUCUUGCGGUCGUUAUUACUUUUGUAAUUACUUUAGUAACAAAUUUAAAUAAGGAAGAUUAAAAUUCCAGAUAAAAAAAAAAAAAAUUGAGUGUCUUUUAAAACUAAAAAAAAAAUUUUCAAUUAUAUUUAUAAGUGCAUCAUUACGAGAUAGAAAGGGAGUGAGAGAGAAGGUCACUUAAUUAGCUGUGGAUUGUUGCAUUCUGAUGAGAUCUCUAUACGUUUGCACGCACGUAUAUACGCACUUAGUUUUUGUACGUAAUCAA